UACCUGUUAAACUUAACCAAAAAUAACGGUUUACUUUCUCUCCCUUCGCCAUUUCGCACUGAAUAAAUUGUAGAGUUUCGCUAGGACUGGGUAGUCAUCGUACCUAUUCCGACAGCGCUUCCGGUGGACAUACGUUUUUUGUUUUGAAUUGCACGUUGUCCUUUUUAUAUCUUUUUUUAAACUCCCAAACCCCCCUUUUUGCGCCAGGUCCCUCGUUCUUAAUUUUUACCUAUUUCACCUGCCCCUAGAUUCAGUCGGCAUGGAUAAAACGCCAGGGACGCCUCGCAUCGAUGUUAGUGCGACCUCAACUCCUCCCGCCGAGGAACCCCAAAGUCCAGCCUCGCCUGACCUCAAUGCCGGAGCGAAGAAAGAGAAAGGCCGAGUAAGGUUCAACAGUAUCGCCGGAGUCGAACCCCCACAGUUUCACCUAGAUCAGUCAGGUCUCUCAAGUAUAUCCAGGCCACGACCUUCAGUUUUACGCGGGAAUUCCUAUAAUUCGGUCACUAGUAUUCCCGAGUCUAUCGACAACGAUGAUCCCGCUUCCGAGAAAGCGAUGUCGGCGUAUGCUGCGCAGGAACGGGCUCAGCAAGUGGCUGCUACCUUAUUAGGUUCCUACUCACAAUCUGCUCCUGGAUCGACGAGGACAUCCUUGGAUUCGGAAGCCGAGACGGUGAAUAGUGGCACUCCUGGUGAUAUGAUUCCAGGAUAUGGCAAUGUAGCUCUGGACGAAUUCGCCAUGCAGGUUCCCGAUAUGAACGGGAAUGGAGAUGCCUCAAAGAGCCCAUCGGAUGAACAGCGCGCCCUGAAAACCGAGGCAUAUAAUCUCGUCCGAUCUCAUACCCAAAGGAACCCCCAUAGGAUAUACCAAGCUCCAACGGCCAGCACGGCCCUAAGUUCUGGGCAACUCACACCCAUUGAUGGACCAAAACACGAACUUUAUAUAUCGCCACCAUCCGAGUAUCGCCCUAGUGUCUUAUCAAAUCUCCUAAAGCUGUAUAAGCCGCCGGAGAGUAGCCAUGCUCAUUCUCCUAACUAUCCACAUAGCCGGAAGUCCGAGCAGGGAAGUGAAUUCACCACACCGGGUUCUUCUGGUGCUACGACGCCGAACCGAAGAAAGUGGUAUGAGAAGAAUCGUUCUCAGGAUACAUUAGCCAACCUGGUGGAAGCAUCUGCACGUCUUGCUAGUGCCGGCGUCAGCGGACCGACGGCGGCCAAUUCCAAGCCAAAACGACCCAAACAUCGACGAAGCCCCAGCGGACGAAUAUUGAGCUUUGGUCGGCCACGAAUGGAGGAUGAAAUUCGCAUCACGAUGCAUAUUGCGGAGACACUAACUCGUCAAAAAUACAUCAUCAAAAUGUGUAAGGCACUUAUGUUAUUUGGGGCACCAACGCACCGUCUGGAGGAGUAUUUGAGAAUGACGGCAAGAGUUCUUGAGAUCGAUGGCCAAUUUCUUUACUUGCCCGGUUGUAUGAUCAUAUCCUUCGAUGACCGUUCUACGCAUACCACCGAGGUGAAGAUCGUCCGCACGAACCAGGGAAUUGAUUUAGGAAAACUCAGGGACGUUCACGAGAUAUACAAGCUGGUUUUACACGAUAAGAUAGACUUGGAAGAAGCGAUUGAGAAUCUGACGAAGGUGAUGGAUGAAAAGGACAAGUUCCAUCCUUGGCUCAGAGUUCUGGUAUUCGGCUUGGCAAGUGCAACGGUCGCGCCAUUUGCUUUCGAAGGGCAAUUAAUUGACCUACCGAUUUGCUUCUUCCUGGGAUGUCUCGUUGGUACCCUCCAGAUUAUCGUUGCCCCGAGGUCGGAUCUUUACAAUAACGUUUUCGAAAUAACCGCAGCUGUCUUAACGAGUUUCUUAAGUAGAGCGUUUGGCAGUAUUAAGGGUGGAAAGCUGUUUUGCUUUUCAGCGCUAGCUCAGAGCUCUAUUGCGCUGAUACUCCCUGGAUGGUUCGUCUUAUGUUCCGCUCUUGAACUUCAGUCCCGCGCUUUGGUUCCCGGCUCUAUCCGUAUGGUUUACGCGAUCAUCUAUUCGUUGUUCCUUGGUUUCGGCAUUACAGUCGGAACCGCACUCUACGGCUUGAUGGACCCCAAAGCUACCUCAGCAACGAGUUGCCCAAACCCGAUACCCACCUACUACCGAUUUUUCUUUGUACCACUCUUUACUAUGUGUCUUGCCUUCGUCAACCAAGCAAAAUGGAAGCAAAUGCCCGUGAUGGUCGUCAUAGCAUUUGCCGGUUACAUUGUGAACUUCUUCAGCAGUCCCAAAUUCGCGGCCAGUCCACAAAUUGCCAACACACUCGGUGCUUUUACGGUUGGUGUGCUUGCCAAUUUGUAUUCCAGACUGAGGCAUGGUGUAGCCGCUGCUGCUCUUUUGCCUGCUAUUUUCGUACAGGUGCCCAGUGGCUUGGCAGCAACAGGAAGUUUGUUAAGCGGACUAAGCACAGCAAAUGAGUUGAACAACUCUACGGAAGUCGUCAAUGGCACUAGCACUGUCACGAUCGACAAAGGUCAGCCUCUGGAUACGAUAGUGUUCAAUGUUGCCGCGUCAAUGAUUCAAAUCGCUAUUGGUAUUACCGUGGGCCUAUUCCUAAGCGCCCUGAUAGUUUAUCCACUUGGAAAACGCCGAAGCGGGUUAUGGACCCUCUAAAGUUGUACGAUGUUUGUCCCCGUUACCAAAUUCCAGUUUAGGCGCGGGCGUUGGUGUCGUGGGAAAAAGCACUGUUUCGAAUAAGCAAGCGAGUAUUGAAUUCCAAAACAUCAUCUGGUUAUAGACGAUAGAGUUAGAGGGCGCCGCGGACAGCAUAUAGAGGCAUAUUAUAGAGGUAAUGAGGAGGAAAAUAGCCUCACGGCCGGGGGCGACAGGUGGAACCUCGGAAGGGGGUCCCUUAUGACAUGUGAUAUGAGGUAUCAGCAUAUGCGACGGCGUCAAGGCUCCUUUGUUGCACAAAGUUACGGUUCUAUUUUAAUAACCUGAAUACAGGUAUUUCAUGAAUUGAUCAUGAUCCUUUCGAGUCGUGACCCCUGAAUUCCGCAU